AUGAAUAUUUUAUAAAAAAAGAGGGAAGAAUUUUCAAUUAAUAUUAGAAAAUAAAAAAGGGAAGAGUUGUUUAAAUCAAAAAGAAUCUCAAAAAACUAAUAUUUACCAUUUUCCAUUUCGAAUAACGAUUUAUCAGAUGUUUAUUUCAAUGCAUAUUACUAAAAAUAAUGUCCAAAGAAUUUUCAAUAUAAUGAAACUAUUUAAAAGAUUUUUAAAAUAUCUGAAUUAGCAGAUGCAUUUAAUGAUCGUGAUUGUGAUAAAAAUUAUGAAACAACUUUUGAUGUUGAAAUUAUAUUUGAUAUCAUCAACAAAGGAUACCCAGUAUUAGAUGUAUAUUAAUUUAUUUAUAUAAGAGAGCCUGCUUACAAAUACUACUAGCAUUUACUCUCCCUAAUCAUUCAACAUGCAAACCUAUACUUAAAUAUAUACCUGAUUUAUUGAAUUUUUUCAUUGAGACUCCCUAUGAAGAGUUAAAAUAAUCUGUGUUGUUUAUUUUUUCAAACUUAGCAGCAGAUUGUUAUUAAUGUAGAGAUGCGAUUUUAAUUUAUGAAAUACCAUAAACAAUAUUUAAAACAAUUCAUUCAAAUACUACUGAAUUAAUUGAUGAUUUUGCAUAAAUUCUUAUCAACAUAUCAAGAACUCAACCUUUAAUGUCAAAUUUUAACCAAAUUUAAAUGAUUAAUUUGUGCUGGAAAUUAUUUCCUUAUUUAUCAACCAACGAAUCUAUUGCUGGAAUCUUAUAAUUAAUAUAAAAAAUUUGUACGAAAGAUAAGAAUUUAUUAGAUCUGAAUUUUAUGAAUGAUCUUUGUCUAAAUAACCAAAAUUCUGAGCAAUUUCUAAACGAAAUAUUAUCUUUAAUCAAAAUAAUGUCAUACUUUGACAGAGAUAGGUAUGAACAUAUCGAAUAAAACAUUUUGAAUUUUUUAAUUCUUAAAAUUAACUUAACUUUGAUUGAUGAAAAAUAAUAGAAAUAUUAGUAAAAAUAAAUUAAUAGAUUUUUGAGCAUUUUUACUAAUAUGAUUGUUGAAAAUCCUAAAAUAAUUUAUAAUAUUCUGAAUACUAAAAUAAUUGAACUUUUUAAAUUUGAUGAAAAAUUAUAGGAGAUGAAUAUGGAGAUUUUUAGUAACAUUUAUUAUUAUUCUUUUUACUAUUAGAUCGUUUGUGGAUUAAAUUAAAAUUAAUUGAAAUAAUUUAUUUAAUUAUUCUAACCAAUAAAACAAUUGAUAAAUUUGUUGGAUAAAAAUUUAAAUGAUUCAGAUAUUAUAAUUGAAAUAUUAAGAAUAAUUGAGAUGAUCAUGUAAAAAAAUAUUGAAUCGAUUUGUGUAUUUAUAGAGUAAAAUGGUGAAUAAUACUUAGCUGAAUUAUCCUAACAUGAAAAUGAAGAUGUAUAUAAAUUAUGCGAAAAUCUUUUUGAGAUAGUUAAGUGA